CUGGUGUUGAUACGAAAUUUCGACUUAGUUGACCAUUGACAUAUGCUUUAUUUACAUUAUAUUUAUCUAAUCCAUUUAUGAUUUUUGAUAGACAAUGACCGAUAGGAAACAAAAAUUAUGAACGCGGAAAUAGAAGAGUGCAUCCGAAACAACAACACUUGGGGACAGUUGCCCGCACACAUCAAACAGAUCUUAAGCAAUUCAUCCAAGGAAUAUGAACGAUGUAUCGUAUCAUUUAGCAUAAAAAAUCAACUUAGAUACAGGGGAAACUUGGUUCGACACAUAGUUAAAGAUGAAAAACGAUACUAUGAACGUGUCGUUAGCUACAGCAGAGAAAAACUCAUGCUGUUUCCAUAUCACUUAGCUGACAUGAUUGUGAAAGGUCUCAGAAUAACCCCCUUUAACUACUACAUAUCUGUGGUAGAGAAACUCAUGCAGGCUGAAAAGAGUUAUGAUACUUUACCUAACUUUACUGCAGCAGAUUGUCUACGUCUCUUGGGCAUUGGUAGAAAUGAAUACAUUGAUCUAAUGAACAAAUCUAGGUCAAACAGAGGGAGAUUGUUUGGUAAAAAGAAUGUUAGGGGACUGUUGCCUAAAGUUCCAUGUAAAAUUCAUAUAGAAUCUUGGUGGAGGGUUGAAGUUGGAUUAGUUUUAGAGGAGGACAUUAAGAUGGUGAAUGAAGAAGAACUUGCUGUAAUUGAUGCUUUGAUUGAUUUAGGAUCACAAAAUGCUGGUGAAUUGAACUAUUACACAGUUUUAUCUUUAUACAAAAAAGGAUUGAUAUAUUUGGAUGUUCCUAUUACGGCUGUUGACAGAGUACAAGUACCACCUUUACAAGGAUUUGUUAUGAAUAGGAUUGUGGGAGAUUAUUUUGAGACUUUAUUGUACAAAAUUUUUGUGUCCAUUGAUGAACAUACAACAAUUGGAGAGUUAGCAAGUGUUUUGCAAGUGGAAACAGAACUUGUCAAACAGGCAGUGUCUCUGUAUUGUAGACUGCAAUUUGCUAGAAAGCUUGAACCAGAGACUGAUAAAGAAAUUGCUAAAAGGCAUCCCUCAUGGAAUAAUGUGCCAAUUAGGGAAUCCAGAAGUGUAGAUAUCACUCCCCUAACCCUUAAUUUGAGCCAUGAAAUGAAUGGUUCACAGGGUUUGCAGUCACCUCAGUCAGAUAUGCCAGAGAGUCCUGCUAGUAAUACAUUAAACCGCAAAGGACAAAGAAUAGCCUUCCUUUUUGAUUCCACUUUAACUGCAUUUUUGAUGAUGGGAAACUUGACACCAGGUCUUAAAAAACAUGCUGUAACCAUGUUCGAAGUUGGUAAGCUGUGCGACGAGAGUCUCGACAGUUUUUUGAUGGAAUUAGAAAAAGUUUCGGUUCUGGACGCAGAGGGUGAAGGAGAAGCCAGGCGAUUCUUUGAUCACGCUGUGAUUUUACGAUCUACUGUACUGGCAUUGCGAAAAUUACCCAGUCCUGGUUUGGAUUUAGUAAGAUUAGAAAGCUUGCAUUCCUUAGAUGAAGCUGCUUGCAUUAGACUGCUCCAGAAAAAAUACAAGUUAUUGGUUUCUAUGGCCCCAUUGAGCCGCGAGGUGCGUCCAAUAACAAGCCUUUUACCACCACACUUGGGACCAGCCGCACCUGAAGUCAACACGUUGUGGUUCAAAUUAUUCUUGUACCAUAUGACCGGUUACGGACCUCCCUCCCUUUUACUGACCAAGGGUACAACCAUUAAGCAGUUGCCUCGCGUGUUUCUCGGUUUCUCCCGACUCCUGGUUACAUCCUGGUUGCACGAACCGGCAGUGAUACCAGUCGCUAAUGUUUUGUACGUUAAUGCCGCUUUGCAAUUCUCUCCAGUACUUAUUCAGGCGUAUGGGGUACACCAACCAGCCCAAACGUACAUCGUACCUUUUCCUUUUGGAAGGACAACUCCCUCUAAAAAUGCAAGAGAGAAUCCUGCUGACGUACUCUUUAGGAACCAUCCGGCGGUUAAGAGUAUGUCAGAGCUCGUCGAUUUGGAACAUAACUGUGGUUAUUUGACCUUUGCCAAUAUCGGCGUGUCCGAUUUUGGGUGCCCGAAUAAGGAUCCUGUGGUUCGGCUGGGCCGGAGUUACAGAAAUCCAAAUAAUAAAUUGCAGAAAGUUAGUAACGAACACGUCAGCGAACCAACGUCAAUAUCUAACGAAAAUUUCAGUUUCACUUCUGAAAAACAAUCAUCACCAAAAGAAGAAGUAAAAGAAGAUGCUGAUAAACAAUUGCAAAGUCCCGUCGAAUCCCAUUUCGCCGUCACACCUGUUAUGAGCAGUCAAUCAUCAUCUCCAGCCAAUGGAUUCACCAGUCAGGAAUCGAAUAAUUUACUGCAGGAGGAACUUGAUCAGUUAGCAAAACAGGAGGCCUUGGAAACGAAUUCUAAUGAAAGCGAUUUCGUGCUGACUAGUUCAGUGUCUUUGGAAGGAUUGACGAGCCCCACUGAUGAGAAUAUUAGUAUGUUUACUCGAGUUUCCGACGAACCCCCUUCAACUUCCGAGUCCGAAGUUGAGACUAAGGAGAAAGAUAAACCUGAGGUCUGGACCCUAUUAGACUGUCACUUUGGAGUGCCAUUAUUUGACGUUAAUGCAAAUACUAAAAUAUGUGAUACCAUUGUAUCUGGCGGUUUAGCAGAACAGAACAGCUUAGAUCUUUUGGUUGAAUCUAGUCGGAAACUUGGAAGCGUUUUACUCGAUUUUAUUUCCCAAUGUCAGUACUAUCCAGGAGAAAAUAUGGAGAUAUUGAAAAGGGGACGUUUGGUACCUUUACCAAGACACAAUUUGGUGUUUGAUAAUGGUCGUGUAAGUGAAUGGCCCGGAAAGUAAAAUUAUUUGGGUCACGAACUUCAGCCUAGCAAUAUGAAAUGCAAUUGAAGUAGAUUAUGUAUAUACACGGCAGUAAUGUAUUUUAAUUAAUUACGUUAAAAGCUUGAUUGUUGAGUAUUCCCAUGGGCAAAUUUAUCUUUGUUGACGUUAUGAUUGUGUAGAUAGGUUUUUACAUGUUAUAAGUUUUCCAGUUUAUGCAUUUUUUAUGUAGAUAAUCAAUUUUAGAAGUCCAAACUAUUCUCCUGUUCUCUCAGACUGAGUUCAUACUUUUUUAUUCUUUGUUGUUUAUAAUAUGUAAAAGACUAUCUGAAAUUUGCCCCAGGUUUCUUCCAAUUUUAUUUAGGAAUUUUUAUCGAGUGAGCAAAAAUAUUAUAUAACUGUUGAGGCUUAAAUUGUUUUGAGUUUAUAAGUCAGUCAAUUAUUUAUAUUUAUAUAACAUAGUCAAUAGGAGAUAAAUAUGAUUUUAUAUAUUAUUAAGUGUAUACUGUGUAAAACAUCUAGCUAAUAAUAUUUUGGUAAUUGUAGUGUCAUUUACAUAUCUGGAUUGUGAAUUGAUUUUUUUCAGAAUUUACAAAUUUACCGGAAAAAUA